UGCAGCUCGAACAAUUUAAUUCAUUACACAACACAUACCUGACCAGAUCUAUCAACUGAUGGAGACACAGAGUAGUACAUUCCAGGGCGCAGAGUGCAGGUACUUCUAGACUCUUUUCGUCGUCCAGAUCCAGUAUGCCGGUGAUACUUUUCUUGACGAGCCCUGAGAUGGGUCAAGCCAACUGCCAAGCUGCAGUGCUACAUGCGAUGGACGAGAUAUUGAAAGACGACCCAAAGACCCAGCUACAUCUGAUCUCCAUGUCAAAUCUUCGAUCUCCACUUCCACUGCGCGUCAAGUUACAUACCGUAUCUGGGGAAUCGAUUCAAGCUCGCGCCUCUGCAAAAUUUGAUGAUUCAUCGUUGGAUUGUGAGCGACCUAGGUUGGGCCUUGUUGUUGGAGACGUCAAUCUGAAAUCAAAAUGUCAGCUCGCCAAGUUCUGAAAUACUAUACCCAUCAUCCUUCGUUCUGGGAAAACCUGAAAUUCCUCACUCACCUCGGUGAAGUCCUACAUGGUGAACCCCCUUCUCAGUACAUCCGAACGACAUUCGAGAUCAUCGAUCUGAUCAGGGAGAUCGACCCGGAUAUCUGUGUCCUUGAUCCUCUCUUCGAUGUUGGUACAGAUGCAGUCAAAUACUUGGAUCGUAAGGCCGUAAUACUGCACCCAAUGAACGCACAAAUGUCUAUAAUGGAUGCUCAGGGGCUAGGUAUGUUGAAUUUUCCUCCCGUCGGAUCUGGCUUCAGAUAUCCGAUGACCAUCCUGGACAAGUUGAGAACCUUGAUUACAACCGUGUGGAGCGUCGUAUGGUUCUUCUUUCUCGACCCGAAAUUUCGAGCUAUCAACAAGGCUCGCAAAGCCGUAGGCUUGAAGGGACCUUUGGGAUUUCUUGCGCCGGUCAAGGGCAGACUCCUGUGCAUGUCUUCCGAUCCAAUACUCGAAUAUCCAGCUAUCAUGCCCGAUCAUGUGUCCUCUUGUGGACCCAUAAUCCUGCCGAACCUCUCGGUGAAAGAAGCGGAUCCGGAACUUGCAGAAUGGUUAUCGAAAGGCCCUAUCAUCCUCAUUGUCCUCGGUUCCCAUAUGCGUAUGACUCAGGAAGGAGUUGGAGUUUUUGGAGACACUCUCGAGGUCGUCUUGAGGCAGAGACCAGAUCUCAGAGUGCUGUGGAAAGUCCAGGCCAUCGGGAAUGUCGAUCUUGGCGUGCUCAAUGGCGUCGUCGAGGAUAAAACCAGAAUCAAGAUUGUCAGCUGGCUCAAACCUAUGCCUAUUGCUCUUCUCCAGUCGGGCAACGUCGCCGUUUUUGUCAAUCACGGAGGCAGCAACUCGUACCAUGAGGGUCUGGCUACCGGCACGCCACAGAUUAUCCUAUCUCCAUGGGCAGACUGCCACGAUUGCGGACACGUUGUCGAAUGGCUCGGCCUUGGGGCAUGGGGUAAUCGUAAUGCAGGACCAAGCUUUGAGACCCAGGAGUUGAUCCGGGCAUUCGAAUCUGUCCUCGGUAGUUCGUCGACGGAUUCCCGAGCUCUGAAAGUCAAAGCUCGAGCGAUGGAGUGUAAACGCAUGGUGGAUGACCAUUGGGCGAAGUUGGCCAAGGGACGACAGGGAAACGAUGGACGACGACUAGAAGGUCGCGAUCUCGCGGCAAUAGAGAUUCUAGGACUGGCAAGGGAGAAUGAGGUGAAAACGUCAUGAUCCUCAAGAGGCCAUUUAGGAGGCCCACACACGCAUAAUGAUAACGACCGU